AUGUCUGCUGUAGAAGCCGCGCAUAGUCUACUCAACGUGCCCGGCAAGCCCGACGCCUUGCACCGCGUCAAGAACGAGCCUGGCUACCUUACCCCGACCUUUGCGGCCAAGGAUGAGCAGCGCGCGAAAGUGCAAGCCCUCAUCGCGUCCAAGGGCUUCAUCCCGCAAGAACUGGUAGCGAACGAGGUCGCCUGGUUCUACCAACACCUUGGCAUCGACGACACCUAUUUCGCCAACGAAUCGCCCGAUGUCGUGUGCGAUCAUAUUCUCGCUCUCUUCGGCGCGAAACUGCUGGCGUACACGAAACAUGAUCCAACCACGCUCGUCAUCGAUCUCGAACGUAUCGCCGAGAACGAAGCUGGCGCUACAUUCAUCCACACAUCGCCACCCGGCAAGACCGCAACUGAGGGCCCCGGUGCUACGUGCGAGGCGCGCAUCGACGAGCUCUUCUUGAACAAAUCAACGCCGGAAAAGUGCUACCGCCUCGAAACGUACCGCUCGACCGGCGCUGUCUCGGCGAACACGCCACAACAGCUGCGCUGCUACUUCGUCUCGCGGUGCUCUUUCCCCACUGCACCGGCUGCUUCUGGCCGUAGCGAUGGACAGACGGACAUACGCACCGUAUCCGACGCAUCAUUCCUUGAGAAGGCGAGCGCGAAUACGCUCGAAAUCUACCAGCGUGUGAUGUGGGCCGUCGAGCGGCGUUAUGGCCCCGUCAUCGAGGUUUUCGAGGUCGAGGGCAGUCGCGAACGUCGUAUGGUCAUUGGUUACAAGAUGGGAGGCACCACUGGCCUCUUUAGUGCUCUCUCGAACCUGUACCACUACUAUGCGCUCUACUCAGCGCGCAAAUAUGUCGAGCAAUUCUCGAACGGCAUCACUAUCAUCUCGCUCUACCUGAACCCCAUGCCUUCAUCUGCUGCGCCUGGCGCUCCGCCGAUUGAACACAGUAUCAACCAGAUCAUGCGAGAGGUCUCGCUCCUGUACUGCCUGCCCGACAACCCGUUCUUCACGCCAACUUCGGGGUCAUUGGCCUCUGAAGCCUCACCGGCAUCUAUUACCGGUCAGGGCCACGCCGUACAGGAUGCUGCAUAUGCCUACGCAGGCUGGAUCUUCGCCCAGCACUUCUGUAACCGACUCGGCGCGGCAUACCUCCAGCUCAAGGCAGUCCUUGACGAGACCAACCCGGCGCAUGCGGACGUUCUGGACCAGAUUCGUCGCCGGUUCAGGGAGGAGACGUUCACCCGCGAGAGUAUCGCGAACAUCAUUCAUGCGCACCCCGAUAUCAUUCGUAUGCUCUACGUGAACUUCGCCAUGACGCACUACCCCGAGAGCGAUGCGAGUGCUCAGGCUAUGAUGCCAACGCUCUCGUACCAGCGUCUGCAGACCGAGCAGCCGCUGUCAGAUGUUGAGCUCCGCGAGCGCAUCCGCAAGACCGUCCAGGAUAAACAGGAGGCUGCGAUACUCGAGGCGCUGCUCAUCUUCAACAAGCACGUCCUGAAGACCAACUUCUACCAGCCGACCAAGGUUGCACUGUCCUUCCGCCUGGCGCCCGACUUCCUCCCGGAGAUUGAGUACCCGAACAAGCCGUUCGGUCUGUUCUUCAUCAUCGGCAAUGAGUUCCGUGGCUUCCAUGUCCGCUUCAAGGAUGUCGCGCGUGGCGGUAUUCGUAUCGUGCGCUCGCGCAACCGCGAGAACUACUCCAUCAACCAGCGCAUGCUCUUUGAUGAGAACUACGCCCUUGCCUCAACGCAGUCGCUCAAGAACAAGGAUAUACCCGAGGGUGGCGCGAAGGGCACGAUACUCCCGUCGCUCGGUGCCAACCCGCGGCUGUGCUUCGAGAAGUACGUCGACGCCGUACUCGACCUGCUCAUUCCCGGUCAGAGUCCGGGCAUUAAGGAGCGCCUCGUCGACCACUACGGCAAACCCGAGAUCUUGUUCUUCGGACCGGACGAGGGCACCGCUGAUAUGAUGGACUGGGCGGCGCUGCAUGCGCGUGCGCGUGGCGCUGAGGCGUGGUGGAAGUCGUUCACGACGGGCAAGACCGCCGCAUCGUUAGGUGGUGUGCCGCACGACGUGUACGGCAUGACGUCGUUGUCAGUGCGCCAGUACGUGCUGGGCAUCUACAAGCAGCUUGGGCUGCGCGAGAAGGACAUCACGAAGGUGCAGACCGGAGGACCGGACGGUGAUCUUGGCUCGAAUGAGAUCCUCCUCAGUUCCGACAAGACCAUCGCAGUCAUCGACGGCUCUGGUGUACUUGCGGACCCUGCUGGUCUCGACCGCGCCGAGCUCAUCCGCCUCGCGAAGCUGCGCGUACCCGUCGCGAACUUCGACACCUCCAAGCUCAGUCGUGACGGUUACCUUGUACGCGUCGAGGACCAGGACAUCAAGCUUCCCUCCGGCGAGGUGAUCCCCGACGGAACCGACUUCCGCAACGGCGCGCAUCUCCGUUUCAAGGCCGAUCUGUUCGUACCGUGUGGUGGGCGCCCGGAAGCGGUCAACGUGUCGAACGUCGCGGCGCUCGUCGACGCUGAGGGCAAGCCGCACUUCAAGUACGUCGUCGAGGGCGCGAACUUGUUCUUCACGCAGCAGGCGCGGUUGUACCUCGAGAAGCGCAAGGUCGUGCUCUUCAAGGACUCGAGCGCCAACAAGGGUGGUGUUACGAGCUCGUCGCUCGAGGUCCUCGCCGGUCUCGCGCUCAACACCCAGGAGUACUCCGACCUCAUGAUCUUCAAGGACAACAAGCCUUCGCCCUUCUAUGAGUCCUACGUCAAGGACAUCCAAGCGACCAUCUCCGCGAACGCCGCGUCCGAGUUUGCGUGCAUCUGGCGCGAGAGCGUGCGCCUCGGCGGCGCGAAGAGCCGCACGGCGAUCAGCGACGAGUUGAGUACUAAGCUCAACGCGCUGCAGGACGAGCUUGCUGGGAGUGACUUGUUUGAGGAUGAGCCGAGUAAGAAGGGUGUGAUGCGCAGGGCGAUUCCCAAGACGCUUGUGGAGAAGGUCGGGUUGGAGGAGUUGCUGAAGCGCUUGCCCGAGGCGUAUCAGCGCGCGUUGUUCUCGGCUUGGGUUGCAGCGCACUUCAUCUACAAGUACGGCGUGAACGCGUCGAGCGUCGACUUCUUCCACUUUGCCCGCGACUUGGCUCAUUAA